UCCAAUUCCUAAUGUUUUCUGCUGCCUUAUUAUUAGCCGCGGCAACUGUAGUUGCUGCAGGCAACCAGUUCAACGAUUGUGUCCUAGCCGGUCCUCGUUGGCCACAACCAUUACACCUCUCAGGCAGCCAGAGGCUUUCAAGUGCCAUCACCGAGUUUGAACGCCUUCUGACGGACGAAACUCUUAAUCUUCAACCGCAUGAUACGGCUUGGGGUGUGUCCCUUUUCUCGACCAAAGAGAACAGAACCCUCUAUGAACACUACUACACGCCUCCGAUCGACGUUGGGGUGAAAGAGGUCAACGGGGACUCCAUAUUCCGCAUUGGAAGCGUCUCAAAAGUUUUCAGCGUAUGGGCGUUUCUUAUCGAAGCCGGUGACCGUUACUUCAACGACCCCAUCACCAAAUAUGUCCCUGAGCUUGCAAACCUGUCUUUCCCUUAUAACAGUUCCCAGGGUUACAGAUUGUAUGAUGACAUUGACCAUGUCAGAUGGGAGGAUGUGACUCUGGGUGAGCUCGCCAGCCAGGCGGCAGGCAUAGCUCGAGAUGCAACCGACGGCGAUUUAUCAGCAGAGAUUACCUCAUUCCAGGCCCAAGGCUUAGGAUUUCCCGUCCUUGAUAAAAUCGAAGUACCGGUCUGUGGAGUACCCGGGGUGACGCGGCCUUGCACACGCAAAGAGACAUUUUUCUAUCUUCUGAAGCAACAUCCCAUCUUUCCGAGUGCACAUUCGCCUGCUUAUAGCAACAUUGCCUUUACGUUGCUUGGCUAUGCUCAAGAGGCCAUCACGGGGAAAAGCGUCAAGGACGCUGUUACAAAGAGCAUAUUUGACUCCUUGAACAUGAGAAAUAGCAGUUUUGACGACACCCCGUCAUCUGGCGGAGUUAUCCCCGGUAAUAAUGCCUCAGAGGUUGGCUGGGAUUUGAACCUUGGGCAAACAGCCCCCUCGGGAUCGAUGUACAGCUCCGUCAAUGACAUGGUCAAAGCCGGCAGAGCAAUACUCGAGUCCACACUCAUCUCACCAGCUCAAACUCGCCGUUGGCUCAAGCCCCUGAUCCAAACGGGCUACAUAAGCACCGCAGUUGGUGGUCCAUGGGAGAUUCGAAACCUGGAAUUCUCAGACGAUCGCAUCGUCCAGUGUUACACGAAACAAGGCGAUUUAGGAAGCUAUCAUGCAGCUCUAGUGCUAUCGCCAGAACAUGGCCUUGGUUGGGUCGUGCUCGCUGGUGGAACAAUCAAUUCGACUGCGUCCGACACUCGCACUGAACUGUUUAAUGCGUUUGGCGAUAUAUUUCUCCCAGCGGCUGAAGAUCAGGCCAAUCACGAGGCAGUUGUUAACUUCAACGGCACGUAUGCUGAUGAGGCCACCAACAGCUCAGCAGUCAUCGUCGUUGAAGACAAGGGCCGCCCGGGACUUGGAAUUAUCAGCCUAAUCAGCCAUGGCGUGGAGAUUAUUGGUCCUGAGAGCCCACUAAUUGGACUUUACGGAGCCGGGCAGUCAGGGCGAUUAUACCCGUCACAGUUGAAAACGGUAAGCCGGCACACGAACGGGUCGGGGACCUAUGAAUCUCGACUGGGCUUCAGGGCUACAUUCUUCAAUGAAACAAAGCCAGGAGAAUUAGAAGACCCAUGCCUCUUCGCCUGGACUGGGUUGGGUGCGCCAUUAUACGGGCAGAGGUCGCUCGAUGACUGGGUAUUUGAAAUUGGAGAGGAUAAUAAGGCAACACGUCUAGAUGUCCGGAUGUUAAGGCUUGGGCUAGAAAGAAAGUAGAAGUGAGAUAGUCGUCGCUAACAGCAGAUCUAUCUAUCUUGCUAUAAUACAUUUGCGGGGAAGGGAAGGAACCUGCUACAGUAGAUUUGCUUGUUGUGUGAAAGACUUGCAACUUGGCUCCUAAGCUUGCAGGCGUUACUAAACUUUCAGGUAUUACUAAGAUUGCAAAGUACAUAUACUUUCUAUAGUG